AUGUCGGACGACGAGGACUAUUUCCUUCCGUUAGAAGACCAGCGGGUCUUUGGCGCGGGUAUUAAGCGUAAACGUGUGCCGUUUGUACGCUCGUCGGAGCACGAGUUGAGCACGACGAGACCCGCUUCUACUCCUGCUACGAACAUCGCCGAUACCUACCUCUCUAUUGUUCUCAAGAAGACCGCCGGGGACGUCGCGGAGAAUUUAAAAGAGGAUGAUUCGAGUACGUCAAGAAGUGAAUCAAGAAGUGCUUCGAAGGAACAGACGCCUCCUGCUCGCACAACACACUCUGCGCCUCCAGUAGCAGAAGCAGUCGCUCCACCUCCAAACGAUCACUGCGAGAUAUGCCACCUCCCACUCUCCUCCGAACCGGGCAUCGACUCAAAUAUACGUCCUCACGAAGCCUCCUUGGCCCAUCAAGUCUGCCUUAAUCACUCCCACCCCCCAUCGCACCUAGACCGCACCCGCACAGGCUUGCGCUAUCUUUCCACCUACGGCUGGAACCCCGACAGCCGGCUUGGUCUCGGCGCAUCAGGCAGAGAGGGUAUCCGAGAACCACUCAAAGGCCGUAUCAAAAACGACAAAGCCGGCCUAGGCUCCGGAUUAGACAAAGACGGAGAUCGAUUACCAGCACCGUUGCCACCACCGAAGAAAAUACAGAAGCUAAACGCCAAGCAAGCGCGGAAAGGUGCCGACGAGGCGAGGAAGCGAGGUGACAAGCUGAGGAAUAUGUUCUUUCAGAAUGACGAGGUACUGAAGUAUCUCGGCGAAAAUGCUUGA